ACUGAGAGGAAGCGACCAAUGGAAAAGUUACAGACGGUUCCUGGAGUCGUGGCUUUUGACGAUAAAUUGUGAGAAGAAAUGUCUCCGAAACUUUUGUAUGCGGCAUUGUUACUAUUACUUUGUCAUGCAAGAUCUUCAGAUGGACAGAAGAAGAAAGAGACGCUUCUCUCUGAGAAGGUCACCCAGAUGAUGGAGUGGGCCGGCAAGCGCGCCGUCAUCCGCUUGAACGGGGAAAAGUUCCGGAAGCUGGUGAGAGCCCCGCCACGGAACUACUCGGUGGUCAUCAUGUUCACCGCGCUGCAGCCCCAGAGACAGUGUGCUGUGUGCAGACAAGCUGAUGAGGAAUACCAAAUCCUGGCCAAUUCCUGGAGGUAUUCUAGUGCCUUCACCAACAGAGUCUUCUUCGCAUCUGUGGACUUUGAUGAAGGAUCAGAUGUCUUUCAAAUGCUCAACAUGAACUCUGCCCCCACGUUCAUCAACUUCCCCGCCAAAGGGAAGCCCAAGCGCGCCGACACCUACGAGCUGCAGGUGCGAGGCUUUGCGGCCGAACAGCUGGCCCGCUGGGUGGCAGACCGCACCGAUGUCCAUAUCCGUGUGAUUCGCCCUCCUAACUACGCGGGGCCCCUGAUGCUCGGAUUCCUGUUGGCGGUGAUUGGCGGACUGGCUUACCUGCGCCGCAACAACCUGGAGUUCCUCUACAACAAGAACGUCUGGGCCUUCUCCGCUCUGUGCUUCGUGCUGAUCAUGACAUCAGGGCAGAUGUGGAACCACAUCCGAGGGCCGCCCUACGCCCACAAGAACCCCAACACCGGCCAAGUGAGCUACAUCCAUGGCAGCAGCCAGGCCCAGUUUGUGGCUGAGACUCACAUCGUCCUCCUCUUCAAUGCUGCUGUGACUUUGGGAAUGGUCCUCUUACAUGAAGCAGCAACGUCUGACAUGGACAUCGGCAAGAGGAAAAUCAUGUGUGUCGCUGGGAUUGGCCUGGUGGUGCUCUUCUUCAGCUGGUUGCUGUCCAUUUUCAGAGCCAAAUAUCAUGGAUACCCCUACAGCUUCCUGAUCAGCUAAACACAAAACCAUUGAAGAGGAGAACAGGCCUCCGAAAGAGAGAGAGAAAGAGAGACUGAGGAUCCCAAGAGGAGUCAGUCUUUGUGUUGAAACGUGCCUUAUUUUUUCUGUGCUGGUAGUUUCUGUGCAUUGUUGGUUUCUUCUUGUUGUUGUUCAGUUUCCGUUGGCUCCUUUUUUCCCCAUCUGUAUUUAAUUUUUUUUCAAUUUGUGCGAAAAGCAGUUUGCAUUUAUUUUUCAUUUUCUCUUGUAAAGAAUCCUUUCAAAUCUUCACAGUAGGUAUGAAGCCAAUACAGAGUCUGUCAAUUGGAAAGAAAAACGGUGGAAACACAUACACAGUUGUUGAACGGCUCCUGUAAAUACAUAAGUGAAGUAUUGUGUGCAUAAAGUCUUAAAUGGCAAAAAGAAGGUGAAUUGUGAAUAGAAAGGUGCAGCUGGUUAUGGAUAGAUGAUGGUGAGAGAAAAGAAAAUCUGGGAUCAUGCAGAAUAUACUGACAGACUAGCAGUGUUUCUCUUUUCUACCUCAUGGUCAAUGUGCAUAUCACCUGGGGGUAUUCCAAGUACGUGGUUUAGUGACAAACCUGGGUCGGUUAACGUGGAGUAAGUGGUAAAUCUCCUACAACAAGAGCCCUAUGCCAUUGUUUUCUUUGGAAAAUGAAGCCAUGCAGCUCUUCUACUAGGAGGUUUACCACUUAUUCUGGGUUAACUUACCCAGUUCUGUCACUACCUCGCCCCCCUGUUUCCAAAGUUGCAGCAACAAAGAAGGCUUCCUAUAGGUACAGUUUCACUGCAGAUUGCAGUCCAACUGAGGAGAUUUGAGACAUAAUACGAGACGCACUCGAGACGCUUGUGGUGGUAGACGAAUGUAUAGCAGAGAACGGUGUAGAUGUGUGUGUGUUUGAAUGUUUCGUUCGUGUUUUUGGACAGCACCGGUGCUGCUGUUCUGAUGCCUCAGGUCAUGCUUUCUGCCAUUCAAGUGCCUUAAUAAAACAGAACUGUUUCUCGGU